GGAUGAACAUCAAUGUCGUGGAUUAUGCGAAGAAUCUGAUAUAUGUAAGCAUCCCGGAAAACAUUAUUAUGAUGAAGAAAAUAGUUUUUAUUUUUGUGACGCAAAGUAUCAAUUCUGCAAAUGUUUUGUAUAUGUUAUACAAUUACCUUAUAGAUACACGCAACUUCAUGAUAACAAACAUGAAAAUAAAAUACUAAAUCAAUUCAGUGAUGACGAAGAAUAUGCAGGAUACAAAUUAAUUAAUCAAGGAAAAUUUUAUUAUAAAGAUUUAGAAAGGCAUCAACAUGUUGAUUAUUAUCAAAAUGAAAAGGAUUGUAAAUCUGGACAGGAUAUUCAGCUUAUUAAUAAAAGUGGUGAACAUUCAAUACGCAUAAUAUAUGAUUCAUUGGCCAGUACGGAUUAUUCUGACAAGCAUAAAUUAUUAAUGGUAAUCGCUGAUAGUGAUAUAACUGGAUCAGAUAAUGAUAAAACAACUUCAGAGAUAUAUGAAGAUUUAAUUGAACUAUUCAAUUAUCUAGUUUUGAGUCUCAGAUACUACAAGUUAUAUUUAGCCAUAGGAGAAACUGGUAUACCAGAAGAACGAAAAGGGCUUAAAGUCGAUAAUUGUGAUAAAUGA